UUCCCUAGGCAUGGACCCGGCGCGCUGAAUGCAGAUAGCAACAGAUAGAGUGUGAUCAGGAGCAAAGAGAAACUGCUGCAAAGGCUGAUAAACGUGCAAGCAGAAUAAAGUGUCAAAAAAUGGGUCGAACUGUUUACGCAGAGGAAUAUCUUCUGUCAUAUUUAAUGAGCCUUAUGCGACCAGAUGGCUACACUAUAGGACUCAUUUUGGGACAGAGUACAGCACAAAAAGACUAUGUGGUUCAUUUGGCUAGAACGCCUCCUCCUGCAGCUAAAGAUGUUAUAGAGGAGACUUUAAUAAGUUCUACAACAAGUAUCCAUUCUGAUACUACUCCCAAGUAUAUAAAAACCAUCAAUGAUAUUCCUGAUACGUGGGUUGCAGAUCAUGCGAAACAUGUCACAAGAAUGCUACCUGGCGGUAUGUGGGUGCUUGGUAUAUUUGUAAUUGGACCAGGUGACAGUUUCAAUGACAACAAUUCAGUUCUAAGGCUCAAAUCAGUUGUCACAACGAUACGCAAGAACCUAGGAUCAAAUAAAUAUCUCUAUGGCAACAAUGACAAAGAGAAUCUCAUUUUGAAUUUCAACAGCAUCACUCAAAAAUUCAUAUGUAAGUCCUUGGAUAUCGAUACUGCUGGGAUGUUAAAACCUGCAGAAUGGAAAUUUCAAGCAAAGGCCACUAAGUGGCAUCAACUUGAAACUUGUAUAGGCUUUGAUCGUUUAUUUGUAAUUCCAUUAGAUAAAAAUCCAGAUACACUAAAAAAACAGCUACAGGACAUUUUGAAAAGCAUAUCAGAAACAGUGAACUCAGCCCUAAUAGUAAUAGAAGGAGAACACAGAUCACCUGAUGAUGCUGUGGAAGCAAUCGGAAGAAGAAAAAAAGAUCGACGGGAAAUGAAAAGUAACGAUUCCAAUUCCAUUGAUAAAACUCUUCACGCCAGUCUAUAUGUUCCUUGUCCAAAAAUUCCAAGUUCGAACGUGAGCUUGGUAUCCUGCAGUGCCUCCAUGCGAUUAGUGGGUCAAUUAGUUAGUAGAACGUUUGUACAUCAAAAGGCAAGCAUAGAGGAAGCAACAACUGCAUUAAAACAAGACAUCAUGAGAUCCCUCGCGAGCAGACUGGAAAUGCAUUGGGACAGUCUAAUCGAAGAAGAGAACGGAUCACCCGAAGAAAAUGUCACACUUCACGAACCCCCGCGAAGGGUACUUGUAGCGUUGCCCCAGAGUAAGGUGACAUUAUCAGAUUAUCUAUUUCCUGGCGAAGGUCCGCAGGAGGCUCUCGUGUCCCUACAGGAGCUUUUAGAUUUGGAAGUGCAAGAGAGCAGUGUUCAAAAAGAAUUGGAGCUUCAAGCUGAUCCCUCGGAAUUUUACGAGGACAACGAGGGAGAGACGGCGCCUAUGGAUCGCGCUAAAGAUCCAACAGAGAAUAAUCAGUUGGACCUUUAUGUUAUUGCUCUCAGUCUGGCUUUUCUUGCUCUUGUGGCUGCUGUUCUCUUGCAUCAGUUAUACUGAACGAGACUUUAAAAAGAAAAAAUCACAUGGGAAUCAUAACAUAUUUGUACUUUGUUGGUGAUACAAAUAAACUAUGGGAUUCUAACAUUU